GCACGACUACGAAUAAUUUCAGUUGUAUGGUAUCCACGCUCCCUCCAGAAACGAAUAUCCAGAUAUCGAAUAGCAUUGAAAAAAAUAUGCCUUUUGCAUCGGUCGGACCGGUCGUAGCGAUCGCGUUCGUCAGUCGGCAACGAGCGAGAGACGUCGCAGUAGUGCUUCCGACAACAAUAAUAUCGUACGAAAAUCAAUUUUACUAAAAACUCAAAAACCAUUCCGGAACCGAUUCGAAUUAAAUUAAUAUUUAGAUGUGAUUGCCGUGUUUGGAUUACUCGUGUUAAAAUAAUAUAUAAGUAGAUAUUUCACAAAUCGUUCUGUUUAUAGAAAACUGAUAUAUUUCGUUGGCGUUCGUGACGAUCCGCUGUUUCAGCAGAAAUGAAUUCUGCUAAAAUUAAAGUCAACAACGUCGAUAUUAACUACUUUAAAAUCGGAAACGGACCACAGAAACUGUUGAUAUUUCCAGGAGCACUAGGUCAAGUCAACGAUUUUACACCGCUAACGAAAAAUCUCGACCAAGAAAAAUACACGAUAUACGUAUGGGAUCCUCCGGGUUACGGUUCGAGUCGACCGCCGAACAGAGAUUUUUCACCGGGAUUUUUGAACCGUGACGCCGACUGUGCCAUCGCACUCAUGGAGGCGUUGGGCAUCAACCGGUACUCGAUGUUGGGCUGGUGCAACGGCGGGUGCACCGCCCUGAUCGCGGCUUCCAGGGCCGCCGACCGAGUGGACAAGCUGGUGGUGUGGAGCUGCAACGCGUACGUGACCGGCAAGGACCUCGAGUUCUACGAGACGACGCGCGACGUGCACAGCUGGCCGGAUCAGUGGCGGCUGCCGCAGUUCGAAAUGUACGGCGAGAGGUACGUGUCGGAAACGUGGUCCGGGUGGAUAGACGCGUCACGGACGAUCCUUGAGGAGGGCGGCGGCGACGUGUGCAUGGGCGCGCUGGCACACAUCGACGCGCCCACGCUCAUCCUCCACGGGGCUCUGGACGUGUUGGUGGCCGUCGAACACGCCGUGUACUUGCACGAGAACAUCAAGAGAUCGACGCUUGAAAUAUUUCCAGAUGGCAAGCAUAUCAUCCAUUUCAUGUUCCCAGAAAAAUUCAAUUCGGUGGUAGAUAAAUUUCUUACUUGUAUUCAGUAAAGAAUAGACUACUACCUAAUACUUAUAUCAUUAAUUUAUGUUAGAUAUAUAUAUAUUUUAUACAUUACUUUACACUACAACCUAAAACUUUUUGAAAAAUAACUUUUUGUUUUUAAUUUGGAAUAAUAUAAAAGUUAUAUUUUU